UCGGAUAGCAUAAGUACUAGGUUGGUUAGUUGCUAUAAGCCAUUAGCUAUUUUCUUACUUGCUUGGCCCUCUUCAUCGACCAUCACUAUGACAAACUCCAAAGCCCUCUGUUCCACUUUCCUCAUUAAUUUUCUCCUAUUCUUCUCCAUGGUGAGUGCUAGUUACUAUGAAAAUCUCUCCCCAACACACUUAGGUUUCAAAGAGGAGAAGCUCACACACAUACGCUUCUUUUUCCAUGACAUCGUUACGGGCCCAAAGCCCACCAUGGUCAUAUCUGUCGAGUCACCCCUCAAGGGCAGCUCCAAGUCUCCAUUGCCCUUCGGAUCCAUUGUGGUGCUUGAGGACCCACUGACGUUGGGACCCGAACUUGAUUCCAAACUUAUUGGAAAAGCCCAAGGGUUUUACAUAACAGUGGCCCAAGAGGCUGAGCUGUACUUGGAGUUAAUUAUGGGGAUGACAUUUACGUUCAUGGAAGGGAAAUUUAAUGGGAGCACCAUCACUGUCAUGGGGCGCAAUACCAUAUCAUCUCCCGUGAGGGAGAUGCCAAUCACUGGUGGGACUGGGGCUUUCAGAUUUGCUCGUGGUUUUGUUCAACCAAAGACUCACCAGGUCGAUUACUACAAAGGUGAUGCUGUUGUCGAAUACAACGUCUACGUGUUCCACUAUUCUUCCACCUCUUCAUCCCAGGAGGUUUUUAGCGACGGAACCCAAUUCAUGGCAGACCCGAUACUUAGCAAAAAUUAAGAUAGUUAGUUUGUAUGCCCUUAAAAGGCUAUUUCCACUUGGCAGUUUAAAUUCUGAAUUUAUAUAGUUGUAUGUUGACGUUGAAGUUUAUAAAACCCUGCAUCAAGUUUGCUUUU